AUGAACACAACUCAAAGUAAAAGGGAAGAACUAGUACAAGAAUUUGAAAGAACUAUUGGAUUAGUUGAGAAUCAAUUAACUGAAAUGUUGAAAGAAAUAAAAGAUUAUAGAGAGUGUUGGGAUAAAGAUGUAGAAAUGGAACUUUUACAAAACGUACCAAACGAAACUGACCAAGAAAGAGUUGAAAGAAUAAAAAGUAUUGUUGAAAGGAAGAGAGAAACUGUUAGAAGAAAUAAAAUACUUGGAAUUAAAUCAAAAGAAGGAAUUAAAUUAUUAGAUAAAAUGAAAGUUGUGUAUCUAAAAAUUAAUGCUGUUAGUUCAAAUGAUAAAGAAAUACUUGCUGAUCAAAUGGAUUUUUUAAUAUCUAACGCUUUAGACUCUGAAGAAAGAAUAACUAAAAAAUUAAUCAUUAAUAGUCCAGAUAAAAUUCAUCAAUUUGAGGGUGAAUUAGAAGAUAAAAAAGGAUUUUGGGAAAAGAAAAGAGUUCAUAACAAAUUUUAUUCACUCAAUGAGAAAAAACAAAUAGAAAAAUGGACUGGAAGAAAAUUAGGAAAUAUAAUAUUUGAUUCAACAACAAGCAAUUGGAGACACGAUAUAUCAGUAUUUGAAGAAAAACUUAUAAAUAAACAACAUAUAUUAAUUAUUAUAACAGACUCAGAAGGAAAUAAAUUUGGAGGGUAUGUUAAUUCUAGAAUUGAUAAUGUUGGUGAUUAUGUAUAUGACCCAAAUGCGUUUUUAUUUUCAUUAGAGUCAAAUGAAAGAUUAAAGGGGAUGAUGAAGUUUACUAUUAAAAAUCCUAAAUAUGCAUUCUGCUUAGAUGAUCAAUCAGAUGACCGUUUAUUUUCAUUUGGUUAUGGCUAUGGAUUUGGAAAUGAUAUUACCAUUUACAAAGAAGAUUAUAAAACAGAGUCAUAUUGUAAACAAUGGUCAUUCAACUACAAUGGAAUUAAUAACCCUCUUUGUUCUGACAAAUACUUUACACCAAUUCAAUUUAUUGUUAUUGAAAUGAACUAA